CUCCUUUCCUGCCUGGCCUGGACAACGGUAUCGCUGUAUUCUAUAUCUCUAUCGUGUCCAUCAUGGCAGGAUCUCGAAGGUCAACAAGGAAACGCGCCAUUCACAAGAGGAACGUUGCUGGACUCCUCCUCUCCCUCACAACACUACCUAACCUCGUCCCUGCUUAUCAACCCGGCUACUUCACUCCUCCCGAGAUACCUCUGAUUCCCCCACGGAUUCCAUCUGCAGACUCUCCAAGUCUCUGUGGGACACAUGAAUUUACGCUUCGCCAUAUUUUCCAUCGAGGAGCCUACGAACAUCCGAAUCUCCACAGGAAACUCGACGUCAGGCCUGAUACCCGCCUCUGGGUUAUCUCAACUGAUGAAUCUGAGGAUAAGCCUGUAGCUUUUAGCAAUACCCCUUUAACUGCUUCGUCUUCUCCGCUUACUAUUCAACGGCUUGCGGACCGACGUCUUUCCGUCAUCGAAUCUCAUCUAAAGACCGCAAGAUUGUCCGGUUCGGCUGCCGUAUUAUCACCGUCGGAAUGGGUGAUGGAUACACUCGCCGGCCCAAACAUCACAGACAAACAAACCAUUUUAACUUUUGCAAAGAUGACACAGAAUGAUUAUGUUGAGGAGCCUGGCACGGAGGAUUGGGAGGAUAUCAACGGUCCGUUCAAUUACUCCCGAAGCUUCGGCUGGCAAGGAGAUGGCUUAAGAGGGCAUAUAUACGCAGAUAAGGAGAAUAGCACAAUUGUCAUCUCGCUGAAGGGCACCUCACCGGCUCUUUUUGAUGGGGCCGGCACUACCACGAACGACAAAGUCAACGAUAAUCUCUAUUUCAGUUGCUGUUGUGGGCAAGGAGGCUCCUAUCUUUGGAGACAAGUUUGUGAUUGUCAGAAGUCCCCAUACACAGCAAAUUUGACCUGUAUCAUUGAAUCUAUGACUGACGAGAAUCGAUAUUACCGAGCCGCCAUUGACCUUUAUUCUAAUGUGACAGAGCUAUAUCCGAAUUCUAGUGUUUGGUUGACUGGCCACUCUCUGGGUGGCGCCAUGACAAGCCUGCUUGGACUGACGUUUGGGCUGCCUGUGGUCACUUUUGAAGCUGUUCCUGAAGCCCUACCGGCAGCUCGGCUCGGUCUACCCAGCCCUCCUGGAAAUGACCCAAGGUUACCCCAGAAACGACAGUAUACAGGGUCCUAUCACUUCGGACAUACCGCAGACCCUGUGUACAUGGGUACAUGCAAUGGAGUCAAUUCGGUUUGCACUUGGGGCGGGUAUGCGUUGGAGUCUGCCUGUCAUACCGGUCAGAUGUGUGUAUACGAUACUGUUGGUGAUAAGGGUUGGCGUGUAGGAAUGGGAACACAUCGAAUCAAGGCUGUGAUAAGAGAUGUCCUCGAGGCAUAUGAUGAUGUGCCACCCUGUGCACCAGAGGAGGAAUGCUACGACUGUGAGCUAUGGAAGUUCUUCCGCAGCAAUGGGUCUGAAAGCACCACGACUACCACAACUACCUCGACAACUUCCACGACCACUUCCACAACCCUAACCGCAACAAGAACAUCCACCUGUGAGACUCCUGGAUGGUGGGGCUGCUUGGACGAGACUACCACGACUACGACGGCGUCUAUGACGACAACAACUUCCACGUGCAAAACACCUGGGUGGUUUGGAUGCAAGGAUCCCACAACAACCACCUCCGCAACCUUGACGCCGCCUGGCACGACUACUCCAUCAACAACCACAACGACCACUACAUCGUGUGCUGACCCUGGUUGGUUUGGUUGUCGCGACCCCACCAGCACAGUUACUGCAACUUCAACGUGCGAGACACCCGGAUACUUCUGGGGAUGCUUGGACACACCAACGAACAGUCCUCACCGCAUCACGUCGGGCCCCACGCCUCCACCUACUAUCACCCCGUCCGGGGGCAGAGAUAUGUGCACUUCGAGGGCAUUUUUGGGGUUCGUUUGUGUUUGAUUGAUUAGACUUAGAUAUCAGCGUAAACUUUAGGUUUCUUAUUUUUGUAUUGUCUAUUAUGAAAGCACCGUGUAUGCAUCCAUGAGGUUACCGCAGAUUGUUGGGUUUUAUCUGGGCUAUAUUUUGUUUUUCGUCGUUCUGCGUACUAUUGUUUAUUUACCUGUGUAAAUGAGCCUUGGGAGGGCGUCCGCCAUCAAUCUCCCAGUUUGAAUAUCAAUUCCUGGUCCCAGGAGUAUACCUAGGUGAAAGGCCAAACCUCGGUGGGGUAGUGAUAAUUACGCGCUAUACUUACGGUGAUUAAUU